AUGGCGCAACAACAAUCAAUAGCACGUUUCUUUAGUGGAUCAGCUUCCUUAAAUGCAGCUGGGAAGGAGAAAACCACGAGUCCACCUCCUACGCAAAAGGAAAACACUGUUUCGCCAAAGAGUUUCAAAAGAUCUGAUCCAAUUACUCCACCAGAUUCAUCACCGAAGCUGAAAAAACAAAAGUUGAAUGACAACGAGAGCAAAGAUGACAAUGAAAGCAGAAGUGGGUCCGCUUCCGAUUCAGAAUUAAAUAACAAACACGCUUCUGAAACAGAGGCAAAAAAGUUGAUUGAAUUGAGUGAGUCUCAACAGAAUCAAAGCAAACAAGAUGCACCUAAUUUAUCGUCACUGAAGAUCCCUUACUCAUCGCUAACUGACAUUAUGGAAAAGAUUGAAUCUGAGUCAUCACGAUUGAAAAUCACAGCAAUCAUAUCACAAUACUUUCUCGACAUUCUUCAGCAACAAGGAGAUGUUUCGAAAUUGGUGAAAAUUGUGUACUUAUUCAUCAACAGAUUGGGUCCCGAUUAUGAACCAGACUUGGAAUUGGGGUUGGGAGAAACACUAUUGGUGAAAGCUAUUAGUGAAGGGUACGGACGUACACCAGCAAAGAUAAAACAGGACUUGAAAGAGUAUGGAGAUUUGGGAGUCGUGGCUCAAAAAUCACGUAGUGGACAACGAACAAUGUUUAAACCAACUAGUUUGGAUAUUGACACGGUGUUUGAUAACUUGACCAAAAUUGCCAAAUCGACAGGUAAAGACUCACAAUCGAAAAAGAUUGGUAUCAUAAACAAGAUGUUGACAGCAUGUGAUGCUAAGCAUAAUGAAGCCAAAUUUCUUAUACGUUCAUUGGAGAAUAAAUUGAGAAUUGGAUUAGCUGGGCCUACAAUUUUGGUUGGGUUGGCGCAAGCAUUUGUGAAUUAUGAAAAUCUGAAAUUGGAAAAGCCAAAGAAAGUAAGUCCCGAGAAGUUAGCCGAGGCUGAAGACAUUGUAAAAGAAGCCUACACGAGAAUCCCCAAUUAUCAAAUCUUGAUUGAAAAUGCCUACAAGUACGGUGUAUUCAACUUGUUGGAACAUUGUAAAUUGACUCCUGGGAUCCCUUUGAAACCAAUGUUGGCAAAACCUACCAAGUCAAUGAGUGAAGUAUUGGACCGUUUCCAAGAUGAAAAAUUCACUUGCGAGUAUAAGUAUGAUGGAGAAAGAGCUCAAAUCCAUUUGUUACCUAAUGGUGAUGUGCGUAUUUAUUCAAGAAACUCGGAAGAUAUGUCUCAACGAUAUCCUGACUUGAUUUCGAUCAUCAAAGAGUUUAGCAAAUCUCAAGAACAUACAUCAUUGAUUUUAGAUUGUGAAGCAGUGGCCUGGGAUAGAGUCAACAAAAAAAUUUUACCAUUUCAGGUUCUUUCAACAAGGAAAAGAAAAGAUGUUAAUGAGCUGGAUAUUACUGUUCACAUUUGUCUUUUUGCGUUUGACUUGCUUUACUAUAAUAACGAAUCCUUAUUGACGCGAUCAUUACUGGAACGAAGAUCAAUCAUGUUUGCCCAUCUCCAUCCAUUGGAAGGGAAAUUUCAAUUUGCCACUUCGAAGGAUUCAACAUCAUUGGAAGUACUCCAACAUUUUCUUGAUCAAAGUGUCCAUGAUUCAUGCGAGGGGCUAAUGGUGAAGAUGCUUGAAGGUAAUGAGUCUUAUUAUGAACCAUCCAAAAGAUCACGCAAUUGGUUGAAAUUGAAAAAAGAUUAUUUGGCUGGUGUUGGCGAUUCUUUGGAUCUUGUUGUCAUUGGUGCGUACAAUGGAAAGGGUAAGCGUACAGGAACAUAUGGAGGAUUCUUGCUAGCUUCGUACAAUCAAGAUACUGGUGAUUUAGAGACGACAUGCAAGAUUGGUACUGGUUUCAGUGAUGAAAUGUUGACUCAAUUGUAUCAAAAAUUGCAUCCACUGGAAAUCGCCAAACCUAAAGAAUAUUUUGUUUAUGACAAGACAAAUUCCAAUGCGGUACCUGAUGUGUGGUUUGAACCAACAAUGUUGUUUGAAGUAUUGACAGCUGAUUUGUCCUUGAGUCCGAUAUACAAAGCGGCUCAUAAUGAAUAUGGAAAGGGAAUCAGUUUGAGAUUCCCUCGGUUUAUACGAAUUAGAGAUGAUAAGGGGAUUGAAGAUGCAACUAGCUCUACUGAGAUUGCCGAAUUUUAUGAACGGCAAGCCCACGUACAGGGAAAUUGA